CCAGCCCGUUCGCUUCUUCCAUCGUCACCGAUGUUAUGGCGGACUACAACAAGCACAGCAGCAAGCGGCUCUCCGAUGAUGGAGCAGGACCGGAGGAGAAGGAAGCCAGUGUGAAAACUAAGACUGUCUCUUCCAGCACUGGAGGAGGGGGGAAACGCUCGGCCCAGGAGGUCAGCCCUGGCCCGGGGAAGGAGUCCACCUCGAGCCACCCGGUACCCCCAGCCCCCAAAGUCUCCAAGAUAGGGUUUGGUCUGAUCAGCCAGCCUAUAAAGAAGCCUGCGCCCAUCUCCAUCAAGCUGGGUGCUAGUAAACCCAAAGAGCCUGUACCUGUACCUGCCAAGAAACCAGCUCUGGCCUCGGUUUUCAAUGUCGACUCUGAUGAUAGUGAAGAGGAGAUGCCUGCAGAAGCCAAGAUGAGGAUGAAGAACAUUGGCAGGGAGACGCCCACGUCAGCAGGCCCCAACUCCUUCAACAAGGGGAAGCAGGGAUUCUCCGACCACCAGAAGCUCUGGGAGAGGAAGCUCAAGUCUCAGACGGACACUGACCAAUAGGGCUCCACCUCAUUGGUUAUUAGUCACAGUAGGACCAGUGGGGCUCGGCCUUACUGGGUUGCUAAUGACAACAGUCAAACUGCACACCGUGUUUACUUCUGUGUGGAAUGUUGUCACCUUGAUUGAGUGUGCUUUUUCUCUUCCUUUGACUGUUGACGACGGUGUAAAAACAAUGUACAUACUGCUAUGUAAUGAUGGUGAGACAUUCGUGCUAUCAAGCAUAUUUUUUGUUUUGUUUUAAACGUGUGUGUGUGUGUGUGCGUGUGUUAUAUAGCGGACUGGAGUGGGUGUAGUUAAGAGCAAUGAGGACACGUUUUGGGAAAGGGAACUUCAAGACAACUUAAUAAUAGUUUCUGACUCAUCUAGGAUAUAUCACUACUUUUUAACUGUCCUAACAGGGUUUUCAACCCUGGCCUUUCCCUCAUGUAUGCACUGUCUGUCAUGCCUUCACAGAGUGAUCACAGACAGGAACCAUUUCUCCCGUGCCUGAGGUUGACAUGUAGAAAUAUUCAUAUUAGGACAAUAAACUUACAUUCAAUUCCAAAAUUAAAUGUAUUUUUUAAUG